GGGCGGUGCCGCAGGAAGGGGGCGGGGCGUGUCCGCGCUUCCUUCCCCCCACGUGCUCGGGCUUUGUGCCGGGCGGGCGGCCCCGCCGCCCCUUUCGCUUUCCUUUUCCCUUUCGCUUCCCCUCGCGCUCCCAUGGCGACCUGGUUCCUUUUCCGGGCGGAGGAGGACGAGGCGGAGGACGAGGCGAGCUUGUGGAGGUACGACUCCACCUGGGAGGAGGAGGAGGAUGGAGAAGGCGGCGGCGAUGGAGAAGGCGGCGGCGAGCCGGAGGCAGCGGAGGCGGCAGCAGCAGCCGGGGAGGAGCCGGAGGCAGCGGGAGAGUGGCCGGUGCUGAGCUGGGCGCGGGGCUCCCGGCAGGCCCAGAUUUUUUUUUUUUUUUUCUUAGAGCAACUUCUGGAUUGUGACAGCUGUAAAAGCAAGGACCAUUUCCUCACUCCACCCAGAUGGUAUACUUUCUGGCUGAAGCGGAUAAUGUUUUUAUUCAUUUCUGCGGAGCAAAGAUCAAAUUCGUCACCACUGUCUCAGAGGGGUUUUCAGUUCUCAGGCCAGCGCAACUGGAAUGCAGCAAAAGACUUGCAGAGAUACAGACAUCGGUACCCGGGUUUGAGAGAAUCAGAAAAUGAGGAGGAAGAAGAGAUGUGGAACUUAAGCUUUUAUAAAAAUGAGAUUUGUUUUUUGCCCCAGGGUUUGCAUAUUGAAACUCUGCUUGAAUCUUGGUGGGACAACUAUGAAGUUCUGGAAGAAAACCAUUCUUACAUACAGUGGCUGUUCCCUUUACGUGAACAUGGGAUGAACUGGCGUGCCAGACCACUGACGUGUCAAGAAAUCCAGGCCUUUAAGAAGUCCAAGGAAGUUAUGCAAAGGUUUAUACGUGCUUAUCAGCUCAUGCUGAGAUUUUAUGGAAUUGUUCUGAUCAACAAGGAAACUGGAGAACUUGAGAGAGCAGAGAACUGGGCUGAACGAUUUCAAAACUUGAACCGGUUUGGCCACAACAAUUUGCGUAUUACGCGCAUCCUGAAGUGCCUGGGGGAGAUGGGGUAUGAACACUAUCAAGUGCACUUGGUAAAGUUUUUCUUAACAGAAACUCUUGUUAAGGAGACGUUACCAAAUGUCAAGAGAAGUGCCUUGGAUUACUUUCUGUUCACCAUCAGAAGCAAACAGAAGCGAAGAGAGCUAGUCUACUAUGCUUGGCAACACUUCAGACCUCGAGACAGCUUUGUAUGGGGACCACACGACAAACUCUUGAAGUACAGAGCACGCUCUACCAAGUUGCAGCUGCACCAAAAGGCUGAAGAUAAACAGGAAAGUCCUGGUAAAAAAUGUGAUGGUUCUGUGGAAAAGAAUCAGAACCAGUCUCUAGAGGAAGAACAGAAGGCUGGAGAUGCUGCAGACUUGCAGCCUAAAGUGAAUGAUGAAGGUGUAAAAGAGAAGUUAAGUGAAUGUGUUUCGAAGGGAGAGACUGGUGAAGAGGAGAAAGAGGCUUCAUUCACCCAGCAGGAGGAGAAGGAUUUAAAGAGUGAGACUGAGGAAGGGCAGGGUACGGCAGAGAAUGAUUGCACAAAGGAGAGCAAGAAGAGGAAACUAGAUGCAAAUAUGGCAGGCACUGAAAAGAGUGGACUGUUGAGAAGUCCUACUGAUAUUGAAAACAUUUCCCGUAAUCUGGGAGAAUGUGCAAUUGAUGCAGAAAUCCCCCCCUUGGUUCCACUCUUACAAGCAGAAGAGAACCAGGAAACACUGAAAGAAGACGAUACAAGCACCAAAGACUCAACAGUGCCAGAAACAGCUGAUGCAACGGUAAAACGGAGGAAAGUUGAUAAAAGAACACUGAGAAGCAAAACAUUCAACUUGGCCAUAAACCUGAACAUGGGGACCUCUGCCUCUAGUGCCAAGUUAAAUCCAUCUGUUGCAAACACUGAGGCUGAAAAAGAAAAUGUCAGUGAGGAAAACGCAACUGUGGAAGCAACAAGUGAGAAGGGUGGUGGUGAUGCAAAUGGUGGGGCUGUGACACCCCUGGUUGGUUCCAGGCUCCCCAAGACUGGCCGGACUUCUCCAAUAAGUGAUGGCUUGAAGUUGAGUGGAGAUCAAGUCAUAGCAAGCAGUGAUCAGCACCACUGCAACAGCACACUCCUGGGAGGCAAAAGUGAGGUAGAUGGGGUAGAACAGCAUAACAAGGCAGAAAAUACAAGUGAAAAAGGGCAAGCAGAAGUCACAAGCAAGAACCAAGCUCCAGAGAGCCUUGAGCAGAGCAUGGCAUCCACCUGUCCUGAAGAAGACGGGGCUGAGAUUGCAGCAGAAAAACCUGGAAGCGCUGAGCGUGCAGCAGAACCUGAUGAAGAGCAGGUCACAGCAGAGUGAGACCAGCGUGACGAGUGCUCCAGCAAGCGGAGGUGACGCUGCCCGAACUGCUAGGAGCCAGCUUUGCAUUUGGGUAGCAGAAGUACACGGAAGAAUAAACUUCUUUCGGGCUGAUCCAGGGUAGCUGACUUUCACUUUUCCACACUUUUUUAAUCAUCUGUAGUACCCCCACUGAGAUCCCAGCCCUUGGUUACCCUAAAGAGGAGAAUUCUAACUUAAUCAUCUUCACAGACAGGCUGUGUCCUGUUCCUGUGUUUUAUCUGAUGUUCAGGACUAUCUUGCAGCAACAGGGAUUUUUGCACUUUGUUUUGAUUCUGGUAUUUCCCUUCUUAAAGAGAAGAGGAAAACUGAUCUGUUGUCUUGUUUGAACUAGUCAAGUAUUUAUUAAAUACAUGAUUUUUAAUGUAAACAGCAUGACCUAAUAUGCCAGGCCUUUCUAUUACCAUGUAACUUCUAUUUGUUAUUUUGAAAAGCCGUACCUUCCCAGGAGAUUUAUUGCUGGCAAAGGUGCUCUUUGAAAGAGAUGAGUAUAUACAUUUCACAUCAUGUAAGAGUAUAGUUGCCUCUCCUCCUAUAAAGAAAGUAGGUUUGACUUUGGACUGGGAUAAAAUGCAUAGUCAACAUAUAUCCCUGGCCAGUAUUAACCUUUGUGUACGGACACUGUUCUCUAGGGUGCAAAGUGCCGAGUAAUUUGUUCCCUUUAUCCCCUGCAGAAGUUGCUUUGUAGUGUUUGUUAGAGUUGUUAAGAAUAUGAAUUGUCUACUGGUUUCGAAGAGAAAAACCUUCAGACCUUGCAUAAAGCUGUCUAGAGCUCUUCUUCCCCAGGUUUUUCCCCCACUUUCAGACCCUUGAUAGUCUUCCACAGAUAUUUACGUCCACCACUGGUUCAAAGCCCUGCCUUCCUCCAUUGCCAAAAUAGAACAAUGAUUUGUCGUCGCAUUUUUUCAGACUUUGCUGUUAAUUUGCAGCGGCCUGUGGAGCUCUCCUUUCUGCAGCCCCAUCGCAUGAAGUUCCAUGUGUCAGAUUUAACUCACUUCCUAGUUAGGGCAGGAUUGUUUUACCGUUAAUGAUCAGCGUGUCAGACAGCGAGGGCACGUUCGAGUGCAGCAUGUCUGGAAACCACUGGGUUUUGUGGGGCAGUUAAUUGAAACUUUAAUUGGAGGGGGUACGCUUGUCUGGUUCAUUUAUUUACAGCCCUCAAGAAUUUACUUUCAGACCUUGCCAGCUAUUUGCCUGCCUUAAUGUUCCUGACCUCCCCGUUAGCUCUUCUGCCUGACUUGUACAGUAUUCAGCCGAGUCUGAAGCAGCAUUAAACAAUUCAGCACUUUCGCUCCUAGAGGUUUACAACAGAGGACCCGUUUCAUGAAGCAGAGGAAACCGUUUCCAACAGCCAGAAGGUCUGGACUUGCUGUUUGCUCAGAUUGUUUGGUUUAGUUUUGGGUUUGUUUUUUUUUUUAGCUGCUGUUUGUUUGGUGUAGGAGAUGGUUAGAGGCUUGCCCGCCUUGCCAGAGAGCAGAUGCAGUAGCCUGUGCGAUGUUAAAUGUGUUUCCUCUCUCUGCUACGGCUCUUAAGAGGCUUCAUCUUUCAAGGAAUUUGAUCAGUGAUUUGUCUUCCCAGACUGCCCCGUACACGUGUGUGGGAAUAAAAGUCUGCAAGCUUAACAUCUAGUAUUCAUGGUCACACAUGUGCUGGAAAAAGGCUUUAAUGUUUUUAAAAUAGUUCUUUUUUUCUUUUUUUUUCCCUUUCUUAAGAACAAAAGGAGUUAAAUAGCCAAUAAUACUCUUAACUACAGAUAUAAAUACUUGAAGAUGCUGAGUGAAAAUUCUUUCAUAAAAGAUUCAUAAGAAAUUGUUAAUCGUGGCUUUUGUACAGAUUUAUAGAAAUUUUCUUAUUUAAUGAAGUUUUCAUUGUGAAUAUGUGCUCAGUUGGGGCAUAGAUCAUACCUUGUCGCAGCGAUGUGUGGUUUGGUUUUGUGUUAAUGGGAUUUCACUGUGAGCCCCAGUCUGGAGUGCUCAAACCAACCAGUUCCCUGCCAUGACCAGGUUUAGAAUUUUGGCUGUAGGUGUUUGCAGCGAGUUCACAGGACGUUUUCCAGCACUCAGAGCUGUAUCACGGAGUCUGUUACAUUAAUGGCACCUAUUAAAGCAUGACUUUAAUGCAUA